AAACUAUAAACGAAAAAUGACAUCUUCAAAAAUUCAUUUUGUUGUUCUUUUGAUCAUCAUUUCUUUUAUUGUUAAUGUUCAAUCCACUCGAAUUAUGGAUGCUUCAAGCGAUUGUGAAUUCAAAGGACCAUGUCAUAAAAGAGAAGAUUGUAACGAACGUUGUGGAGUGGGCAAGCCACCUUUUAAAGCAGCUUUGUGUGAACCUUAUGGAAGCCAAGGUCUCGUAUGCUGUUGUAUC